UCCACAAUACAUGCAAGUAGUUUACCAUAUUUUUCCCUCUUUUAGGCCGAACAUUUUCCUACAAUUCUGUCCACGGACUAGAUCAGGACAAGAUCAGGACGACAUCGAACAGCCGCAAUGGCUGCAAGAGUACGUUGCAGAGCUGCAAACUCAUGGCACACAGGCCAAGAAAGCCAUAAUUUACUGCAGAUACAUUGGCCAAGUUUGUAAAUUGUUUGGCUUCAUCAUGGCAACACUGGGCAAAUCAGCAUGGGUCAACAAUGAGAAACUGCCAAAGAAUCUCAUUGUUGACAUGUACCACUCAUCCCUAGACAUCGACAGUCAAGAGAGGGUAGUAAACUCAUUUACUACCGAUGGAAAUCUCCGCUGCAUCAUUGCCACAAUUGCUUUUGGCAUGGGUAUCGAGGUGCACAAAGUCAGGUAUAUCUUCCACUGGGGGCUGUCCAAGACCAUUGUUGACUACUGGCAGGAGGUUGGUCGCUGUAGUCGGGAUGGUGAGCCAGGGACAGCAGUGCUGUAUCGGACUCCAACCCGCGGUCACGUCACAACUGACAUGGAGUUUAAGGAGAUGGUGUCAGGAGUGGAGAGUGGUGAGGUCCCGUGUAUGAGGGAAGCUAUUCUGUCCCACCUGUGGAUGGACGAGAUGGGUCCACAGCCUGUUCAUGAUGAAGACAGCUGUCAGAGCACAUGCAUUGAGGAAUGCAAAUGCACAAAGUGCAUGUGCUGCUCAGUUUGCCGAAGUCGAUGCCCCUGCAGAAUUCAAAAAUGAACAAAAAGUAAACACUGACCAAUCUGGGGAUGUGUUGUUAAUCGUUUCAGCAAUUUUUUCAGUACAUGAACAUGUCUGUAUGUUGACAGUUUAGUAUGACUUCCACAUUUAGCUAAUCCACUUCUGUAUAGAUAAUA